CGCGCCGCGCCCGACCAUCGCGAGCGAGCCCUCGGUCGACGCCCCGUCAGGCGAUCGCACCGAGCGCGGACCGGCGAUCGCGCGAACGUGACGAGCGCGACGCGCGAACGAAGCGCGGAUUUCGCUCGCGUUCCGAGAAAAAAAAAGAAGUGUGCCAAGCCGCCGAGGCGCCAACCCCGAUCGGCCUCGACCGCGGAGAAGAGCGACCGACGCGAUGGCCUCCAACGCGGACAUCACCGCGUUCGAGAUGGAGCGCAACCGUCGCGUGCAGGAUAACAUGCGACGCAUGCAGGAGCUCGGGAUAUUCAAGCUCGCGGUCGCCGCGGCUCCCCCGCCGAAACCGAUCCGCGCGCCCGCGUCCGCGCGAGACCGCGCGUCGCGUCGCGAGUCGCUCGGCGAGCGAAGGCAGUCGCUGCGCAUCGCCUCCCUCCCCACGCCGACGUACGAGGAGGUCCGCGCGGAGGUGGCGAAGCACUCCGAGAAACAACGCCUUUCCAGCGGCGGUCGACGCACGCACAACACGAGCGACUGGAGUUGGGAGGACGACGACGGCAGCAACGACUCGUUCGCCAACGCGGCGGCGUUCGCGCGCGACCCCACGGCGGCGUCUAGCGUCCAGCGCGCCCCGCAGUGGUCCCCGCCGGGCCCCGCGUUCGUGAAGCUCAUGCUCCCGUCGCACGUCUCCGGCGGGUACUGGCUCCAGGCGCCGUACGGCAUCGGCGACUUCCUCCCGGACACGACGAGCACGGUGGUGUUGACGUGCGACGGCGAGGAAUGGAAGACGGUAUGGCUGGUUCGAUCCGCCAACAACGGCGGCUUGAGCGGCGGGUGGCGCGGGUUCGCCGUCGAUCAGCGGCUCGCCGUCGGCGACGCGUGCGUCUUCACGAAAGAGCGCGGGAUGCGGCUGAGGGUGACGAUUCACCGCGCGCAUCUGUGCGGCGGCGACGACGCCGCCGCGGAGAAGGCGUUCGAAGAGGCGGAGAGGCACGCGGAGGAGAUGAUGCGCGCCCCUGGAGGAGGAUGCCGCGUCGCAGGCGACGAGAAAAGCGCCCCCGACGCGGUGGCCGCGACGACCGAGGAUAUCCCGCACGGGUUCGGCACCAGCCGCGCGCUGCACGUGUACUCGCGCCGCCGUCUCGGGAGGUACGACGCGUCCGCGGCCGCGGCGGCGAGGAAGCGAACGGGCGCGAACCCGAACGAGUGUCUGCGCAUCGCGAAGGACGCGGCGCCGUCGCUGGCGUCGCUCGUGGAACGCGCCAUCGAGGAGCGAAAAGCGGCGGCGCGGGAGAGGGAGGACGCGCGCGACGCGUCGCCGCGCGUCCCUCUCAUACCGCGCGUCGCCCCCCCUCCAGGUCAAGAUGCGGACGCGAAGAGUACGGGCGGCGUCGUCGACGCGUCAGAAGACGCCUCGCCGAUCGCGGACGGGUCCGUCGGCGAGGCGGCGGAGGCGGCGAACAAAUCGCCGCCAGCGCCCGGGCAGCUCCCGUUCGCGUCCCCGAAGACGCAGACGAGAACGCCGCGCGACUCUACCAAGCGCGGGCGUCGCGGCAAGCGCCCGGCGACGCCCGCCGGGAAGAUGCCCGCGCCGCCGGGGAGCGCGCAGGCGACGCCGACGACGCCGCCGCCGCCGUCGACGACGACGAAACGCGCGAAAGCCGCCGCCGCCGCCGUCGCGCCGCUGCGUCAGGGCGAGGUCGCGGCGCCUCUGGACGCGACGCCCGCGUGCGGCGGCGGCGACGUCGACAUCGACGACGACGCGGACGCGGACGCGCGCGCGCGCGCGAACGCCGCCGCGAACGCGAACGCCACCGCGACCGGUCGCGCUCACCCGGGGUCGCGACAGAGGAGGACGAGCGCGUCGGCGAUGCAUCACGGGUGGGCGACGCCCGCGGAGAUGCGCGCGGAGUACGAGCGCGCGACGGGCGCGACGGCCGGCGCGACGACAGCCGCUCUCGCGACGGCGCGACGGGCGAUGACCGCCGCCGCGUCCGCGGAGGACGCGACCCCCGCGGACGCGGCGGCGGUGAAGCGCGCGGACGCGGACGCGCCGCCGCCGGCGCCGAGGGCCGCGCGGGGAAGGCCGCCGAAGGCGACGGCGACGGCGGCGAAGAAGAAGCGCGCGCGCGCCGCGUCGAAAGAAACCCUCCCCGACCGCGCGGACGGGACGCCGCUGUCGCAGGUGUUCCGAAGCACUAAGCGAGGACGAACGAAUUCGUGCGCGAACGCGAACGCGAACGCGAACGCGACGUCGUCCGCGGCGGCGGCGUUCGUGUCCCCGGCGGCGGUGAAAGCGGGAACGAAGUCGCCGCCGAAGCGGGGGAUGAAAAUCACGGAAUCCAACGUCGGCGCGCCCGGGUCGUACCUGGGCCGGCGGGUGUCGUGCUUCUGGCGCGCGGAGGCGCGGUGGUUCGAGGGGACGCUCGUGCGGUGGCGCGUCGGGGACGGGUACAGGGUCGCGUACGACGACGGGGACGUCGAGGACGGCGUGGAUUUCCCGGAGGAUGGCGAGACCGUUCGCGUGCUGCCCGCUCGCGCUCGAGCGCACGCGUGA